UUGGGUCGGUGCUGAGUGUGUGAGCGAGGGGGGCGGGGGCCUGGGAGAGUGGGGCUGCCGGGCGAGUCGACGCGUGAACAGAUAGACCUGCGGACCGGACAGCCGCGGCCGUAGGCACUUCUAGCCCCGCUUAACCCCUGAUGCGCGGGGGGACGCAACCCCUCUCGCUGGGGGAUGCUGCGGGAUUGUUGGCGCCGGGCAUCCGGGGCGCCCGCUAAACCCCUGUGCCUAUCCUGUGCCCCUGGGGAAGCGAAGUCCGGCCGCAGGGAAAGAGAAGCGGCCGCCGAGACGCUGCAGGGUGCCGGGCGGGGAGGGGGCUGGAGGCCCCAGGCCCGAGGGCAUGGAGCGGUUAGGGGAGAAAGCCAGUCGCCUGCUGGAGAAGUUAAGACUCUCGGACUCCGGCAGCGCCAAGUUCGGCCGCAGAAAGGGUGAAUCUAGCAGGUCUGGGUCUGAUGGGACCCCCGGGCCGGGCAAGGGGCGCCUGAGUGGGUCGGGGGGACCUAGGAAAUCAGGGCCCCGUGGAGCUACUGGGGGACCUGGGGAUGAGCCGUUGGAGCCAGCCCGGGAGCAAGGCCCCCUGGACGCUGAGCGGAACCCUCGCGGCUCCUUUGAGGCGCCGCGCUACGAAGGCUCCUUUCCCGGGGGGCCGCCUCCCACCCGGGCCUUGCCUCUACCUCAGUCAUUGCCCCCCGACUUUCGGCUGGAGACGGCCCCAGCCCUAAGCCCCCGCUCCAGUUUCGCCAGUAGCUCAGCCAGCGACGCGAGCAAGCCGUCCAGCCCCCGGGGCAGUCUGCUGCUGGAUGGGGCGGGGGCCGGUGGAGCCGGAGGUAGCCGACCCUGCAGCAACCGUACCAGCGGCAUCAGCAUGGGCUACGACCAGCGCCAUGGCAGCCCCCUGCCCGCCGGGCCAUGCCUGUUUGGCCCACCUCUGGCCGGGGUUCCGGCGGGCUAUUCCUCUGGAGGGGUGCCGUCCGCCUACCCCGAGCUCCACGCUGCCCUGGACCGACUGUGCGCUCAUCGGCCCGCGGGGUUCGGCUGCCAGGAAAGCCGCCACUCGUAUCCCCCAGCCCUGGGCAGCCCGGGAGCUCUAGCCGGGACCGGAGUGGGAGCGGCAGGGCCCUUGGAGAGACGAGGGGCGCAACCCGGACGACACUCGGUGACUGGCUAUGGGGACUGCGCCGCGGGCGCCCGAUACCAAGAUGAACUAACAGCGUUGCUGCGCCUGACGGUGGGCACAGGUGGGCGAGAAGCCGGCGCCCGCGGGGAACCCUCGGGGAUUGAGCCGUCAGGUCUCGAGGAGCCGCCAGGUGCGUUCGUUCCAGAGGCCGCCCGGGCCCGGAUGCGGGAGCCAGAGUCCAGAGAGGACUACUUUGGCACCUGUAUCAAGUGCAACAAAGGCAUCUAUGGGCAGAGCAAUGCCUGCCAGGCCCUGGACAGCCUCUACCAUACCCAGUGCUUUGUCUGCUGCUCCUGUGGGCGAACUUUGCGCUGCAAGGCUUUCUACAGCGUCAACGGCUCUGUGUACUGUGAGGAAGAUUAUCUGUUUUCAGGGUUUCAGGAGGCAGCUGAGAAAUGCUGUGUCUGUGGUCACUUGAUUUUGGAGAAGAUCCUCCAGGCAAUGGGAAAGUCCUAUCACCCAGGCUGCUUCCGAUGCAUCGUUUGCAACAAGUGCCUGGACGGCAUCCCUUUCACUGUGGACUUCUCCAACCAGGUGUACUGUGUCACCGACUACCACAAGAAUUACGCUCCUAAGUGUGCGGCCUGUGGCCAACCCAUCCUCCCCUCAGAGGGCUGUGAGGACAUUGUGAGGGUGAUAUCCAUGGACCGAGAUUAUCACUUUGAGUGCUACCACUGCGAGGACUGCCGGAUGCAGCUGAGUGACGAGGAAGGCUGCUGCUGCUUCCCUCUGGACGGGCACUUGCUCUGCCGCGGCUGUCACGUGCAGCGACUCAAUGCCCGACAGCCCCCCGCCAAUUAUUGGGUCGGCCAAAAAGUUCCUUCGGUUUUUAAGUAACCAUAAAAGACACAUUUUUCAUUUUCACCAAGAACUUUAUUGGACAGUGUAAUCACUGUUUUGUUCCACUACCUUCUACCAUUUUUCAGGCAACUUCAUAAUUCCAUCUUCCCAAAACUUUUUAUCUUUUUGAGCAAAGAACUGUUCCAGGUGCCUUUUACAGUCUUCCAGGGAAUUGAAAUUUUUUCCAUUAAGAGAAUUUUGUAAAGACCGAAAUAAAUGGAAAUCCGAAGGUGCAUUGUCUGGUGAAUACAGCGGAUGAAUCAGAACUUCCCAGCCAACCCGGAACAGUUUUUGCCAGGUCAUCAAAGAAACACGCGGUCUUGCGUUAUCCUGAUGGACGAUUAUGCAUUUUCUGUUGACUGAUUCCGGAUGCUUUUCAUCGAGUGCUGCUUUCAGUUGGUCUAAUUGGGAGCAGUGCUUGUUGGAAUUUAUCAUUUGGUUUUCUGGAAGGAGCUCGUGGUAAAGGACUCCCUUCCAAUCCCACCAUAUACACAGCAUCACCUUCUUUGGAUGAAGAUCGGCCUUUGGUGUGGUUGGUGGUGUUCAUUUUGCUUGCCCCACGAUCUCUUCCAUUCCACGUUAUUGUACAGUAUCCACUUUUCAUCACCCAUCACAAUUUGUUUUAAAAACGGAACGUUUUCGUUACAUUUCAGUGGAGAAUCGCAUGCAGAAAUAUGUUCAAGAGCAUUUUUUUUCCGCUUAACUUAGGUGGAACCCAAACAUCAAAGCGAUUAACAUAACCAAGCUGGUGCAAAUGAUUUUCAGCCCUUGAUCUGGAUAUUUUGAGUAUGUCAGCUGUCUCCCUCGUUGAUCUCAGUUAAUGUCUUGAUUUGAUUGCUAUCAACUUCAACUGGUCUACCCAACCGUGGAGCAUCGUCCAGCGAGAAAUCUCCAGCACGAAACUUCGCAAACCACUUUUGACACGUUCGAUCAGUCACGGCACCUUCUCCAUACACUGCACAAAUCUUUUUUUGCAUUUCAGUUGUGUUUUUACCUUCCUUGAAAUAAUAAAGCAUAAUAUGCCGAAAAUGUUCCUUUUUUCUUCCAUCUUCAAUACUAAAAUGGCUACACAAAAAUACACCAAUUUUUAUAAGUUUUUUUUUUAAAUGCACACUGAUAUGAUAGCUGUCACAAUACAGUCUAACAAAAUCGUUUCAAAUGAAGUUAAAGACAACUAAGCGUGGGCUUCCCUGGUGGCGCACUGGUUGAGAGUCCGCCUGCCGAUGCAGGGGACACGGGUUCGUGCCCCGGUCUGGGAAGAUCCCACAUGCUGCGGAGCGGCUGGGCCUGUGAGCCAUGGCCGCUGAGCCUGCGCAUCCGGAGCCUGUGCUCCGCAACGGGAGAGGCCACAACAGUGAGAGGCCCGCACCGCAAAAAAAAAGACAACUAAGCGCUACUAGAGCCAUCUUACAGAAAACAUCAAACGAACUUUUGGGCCAACCCAGUAUAUCUGAGAUGCAGUCACUGCCGCUGCCGUCACCACCAUUGACAAAUUCCUCUGGCCAGUGGGCCCUUCUGAGGCCAGCCAAGAAAAGGGAGGCACUCUGUAGCCCUGACAGAAGAGUCCUCUAGGGAGGGCCCCAAGGGCCAGAGACCCAAAGAUCAAGACAUUCCAAAUGGAUUGUGGAGGAGGAGCCCUCCAGUUGCCAUGACGUGGGUGACUGGCCUUUCCAAGUGUGCAGCCUGUGCUGUAGCACAUAACAGGCACACACAGGCGGGUUCCAGUAUUUUCUAAAGGUCUGAUUCUAGUCUGUAUCUCUAGUAUACAUUUGUGCGCACACACACACACACACACACACUCUCUCCCUCUCUCUCUCUCUCUCUCUCUCUCUCUCUCUCUCUCUCUCUCUCUCUCUCUCUCUCUCUCUCGUCAGGGGCCUCUUACACUUGGUUCAUUAGUCGUAGUUCAGCUCUCCAGACCUGCUGCCUCUCAGAGGAAACCAGAGUUAUAUCCACCACAGCUCCCAAACUGAGGUUCCAGGAGCCAGAGAGGCAAAACAUUUUCACUUGGUUCUGAUCAGUUUGGCUAUAUCUCUUAAAACUAAUCCACUAAAAACUUGUUUACUCAAAGUUCACUUGAUGACCAGUUUGCCAAAAGCUGAGUUCCCUUUUGGGUUGUUCUGUUCUUUUUUUGUCACGCUUGGGUAUUUCAAGGAUUUAUAUCUUUUCAUCUAAGAGUACCCCUGAGUUAUCAGCAGCAUAAAUUUAUCAAAUUUGCAGCACUUUGUAAAUGAUGAGAUUGCUUCCUACCUUUAUGGAUAUCUUUUUCUGUUACCUACUUUUCAAACUUUUUUAAAGUUUCCAGCAAUAAAUAGAAUUGGUACAGACA